AUGGGUAAAAAACGCAAGAGACCCGCCAAAGACAAUCCAACGCGGGCGAAGUCAUCACCACAACAACCUUCCAGUAUCUCACCACACCACUUACAAGCCAAUGGCAACCAACCCCCCAGUACAGCCGAGACCUCCCAUCCGGUAAUUUCCCUGUACUACCGGCAAGUGGUGACGCUGCGGCAGUACAUCCUGCAGCGUAUACCGAGAUCAUCCAAGUCGCGUCGGCGCAGAAUCACAGCGGUGCGUGGCGGCGAUGUAGCGGGGGACCUCAAAGAUCCAGGCACUACGCAGUCCCAGAACCAAGACCUAGCUACUCUCCUAGAUACGACUCUGGUUGGGAUAUGGAAAGAGCUCCCACCUACACAGAGCCAGGCACGGCGGCGGGACUUUGUUCAGUUCUCGCAGGCGCAAAGCGCAGCCGUGAGUCAGCUUGGUACUGAUACUGGGCCUGCGAGUCCACAAUCUGAGGUUGUGGAUUUUGUAAUCGCGUCAGUCUUCGCCCAGAGGGAAGUCUUCCAUGGCAGACCAGAAGACAAACACCUUCUGAGCCAUGGAUACAGGCGAGCGAGUCGUGGAAUCCUCUGCAAUAUCCCUAAUGUCGAGUCCUACUACCCCAACAAGAAUGUCCGAAUGCUUAAGCAAUCGCCGUGGCCGGAGGUUCUUGCUCUGUUGGGAGGCAAUGGCGAUGAAAUCAUGUUGAAACUUCUACUUGACUGUGGGCUGUUUGUGGCUGUAGAUGCGAAGAAGGGCGUCUAUUGCCAAAUAAGUGGACUCCCGCUAUCGAGCCUUAAGCCUAUCCAAACAUCACCAGAGAAAGACUCUGCUAACGCGGAUGGCAACACUUCGUCUGUUAAAAAGGAUCCUGCUGUCAAGCGCCCGACUGCCCAACCCAAACCAGACACGAGGUGUUCAAAAGACGGGGGAAAUGGCAAUCGUCUAAAACCUAACGCGAUUGUAUUUUGCCGUCAACGUAUGCUAUACGCCCGUCCUAAACUAGGUGCUAAGGGCAAGAUCAUUUUCGGCCUACCAAAUCCUGACCAGCUUGUAGACGUUCUUAGCCGAUUUCCUUCAUCUACAUCGCUGCAACACACCAUGCAUGUGAUGAAGUAUAUUUUCCCGCGACAGUUUGGCCUCCAUAAUGUAUACACAGCUUGGUCGAACUAUCGUGAUAACCCUUUAUUUAAAAACUAUUCUUCUCGCGAGGAUGAAAUUGCCAGCAAAGAACGGCAGCAGCAGGUGUCGAUUAAGAUACCAAGAAGGCUUAGAGGAAACGCUCUAGAGCUGGUGCGCCAACUGCAAAACAGACAUCGACGGUGUUGCUAUAGUAGGCUUCUUCGAUACUACUGCUCUGAGCAGGUAUGCAUACUGUCCUAG